AUGCGCAACUAUGACCAGGCAAUACUGAAUUACCUUUAUGCCGGAGAUGCUGAGGAAGCCAACGAAAUGGAACGUAACAUAAAUGACCUAUGGCGGUUCGUGGUGCUUAGCGCGGCGUUGCUGGCAGCGCUCGCGGUGCUGGUUCUGCUGGCGCUGGUGCCAGCCGAGGUGCUCUUGAGGCGCUGGGCGCUACCACUUGGUCUCCUCGGCUUGCUGCUGCUGGCUAGCCCCACACUCGCCUGGACCGUGGCCAAAGAGCACAUCUCGCUGGUGGACCUCCUGGCCCCAGCUUUCGUGGCUUCCUUCCUGCUACACGACUUCGCUCAGGACCUACGGCGGUUCGUGGUGCUUAGCGCGGCGUUGCUGGCAGCGCUCGCGGUGCUGGUCCUGCUGGCGCUGGUGCCAGCCGAGGCGCUCUUGAGGCGCUGGGCGCUACCACUUGGUCUUCUCGGCUGGCUGCUGCUGGCUGGCCCCACACUCGCCUGGACCGUGGCCAAAGAGCACAUCUCGCUGGUUGACCCCCUGGCCCCAGCUUUUGUGGCUGCCUUCCUGCUACACGUCCUUCUUCCGCUGAAGCAGCUGGCGUCUCUGCUUAUGGGCCCGGUGACCUCAGCCGGCCUGCUGGCCACCACAGCGCUGCUCGCAGACUGGGACACGCGCCACUUCGGAUAUCAGGUUGCCGCCGCUUCGUUAUUCCUGGCGAUGGCGACGGCUGUGGGCUGGUACCACCGCCACAUGCGAGAUGCAGCGCAGAGCCGCAGUUUCGCCUCCACCCAAGAGUGCAUCGAGGCGCGCAUCAAGCUUGAGUACGAGAAAGAGCAGCAG